AUGCCAGCUAAAAGAGAACAUUCCUCCGAGCUCGACGAGCUCGACAUCAAACCUCAAGUUAACACCUCAAAAAAGAAACCCAGAGCGACUGUAACGCCCAAAUCAGAAUCGGAGCAAGGCACUCCUUCGAAAUCCAAAUCCACACCCAAGAAGAGCAAAGUCGACAGUCCAGAGAAGAGAAUGGGGCCAUGGAGUGGAGAAGAGUUGAAAUUACUUUACUCAAUCAUGUGUCCUAAGAAAGUUGGAGUCAGCUGGAAUGAUGUUGCUGGUGAGAUUCAAGGUAGAGAUACCAAAGCUUGUCAAAACAAGUGGUCUCGAAUGCAAGGUAAGAUCAUGCAAGCCAUUGAAGAUAUGGGGGAGUAA